AUGUCUGACAAAGUUUUGAUUAAAAAUGCCGGCGAGGUCCAUGAAAUCGAAGUAAAUGAUGGUACCACAGGUCUAGAGUUUAAGGAGAAAAUUUUCGGUGUAACCCAGAUUCCGGUUGCACGCCAAAAGAUUUUGGUAAAAGGAGGCAAAUUGACCGACGAAACUUUGAUUUCAUCCCUUAAGAUCAAUCCUAAAGUGCCAAUUAUGGUUCUUGGCACACCUGACAAGGAUUUGCCUACGAGCAAGCCUACUCCACAAGUAUUUUUGGAGGAUCUCAACGAAAACCAAUUGGUGAAAGUUUCGCAAGAUCCGUCUGGAUUGGUGAACUUAGGAAAUACUUGCUACCUCAACUCUUCCUUGCAAACUAUUUUCUCAUUGAAGGAUGUUUCCAACAAAAUUGACUCAUUCUCAGACAAUCUGAAGCCUUUAAUCUCCAGUUUGAAAAGUUUAUUCAAAUCCAUGAAUAAAAAGCAAGAGAAUGUGAAUCCUACACUCUUUCUCAUGCAAUUUAGAAAGAUUUUCCCCCAGUUUGCGGAACAGGAAAGAGGUUUCUACAAGCAACAGGAUGCAGAAGAAGCAUUUUCACAGUUGAUGAGCGCAUUGGGCUCGUCAGUUGCCAUUGACGAUUACUUUCGCGUUCAGUUCAAAGUUGUUACUAAGUGUUUGGCUUUACCCGAGGAGGCACCAAAGAUUGAUACUGAAUUUGCCACGAAAGUCAAUUGCCAUAUUGAUAUCAAGACAAAUUUCUUGAGAGAUGGCAUCCUAAAUGGAUUAACAGACAAGUUUGAAAAGUACAAUGAUCAAUUGCAUUCGAAUACGGAAUAUGAAUCAACAAAGACAAUCUCAAGAUUGCCGAAAUACUUGACUGUUCAUUUCGUGCGCUUUUUCUGGAGAAGGGACACUCAAAAGAAGUCGAAAAUCUUGAGAAAAGUCCAGUUUCCGUAUGAGUUGGAUGUUGCAGAAAUGCUUGACGAUUCUAUUAAAGCAGACAAAGUUUCCAUCAGAGAUAAGUUGAGAAAGAUUGAGAAAGAUAAUUUUGAACUCAUCAGGGACUUCAAAAAGGCAAAAAGGGAUACUUCCUUGACACCUCAACAGCAAGAAGAAGAAGAAGAGCUUAAGUUGGUUUCCAUCAAGUCGAAAUUCGCGGAUGAUUUCUCGGACAUAUUGCCAAAGGGGUUCAACCUCCAGGAAGCAAAAGAGAAUCCAUCAUCAGUAUAUGAAUUGCUGUCGAUAAUUACUCACCAGGGCUCUUCUGCUGAUUCCGGCCAUUACCAAGCAUUCAUCAAGGAUGAACACGAUUUAGAGGGAGACAAAUGGUGGAAGUUCAAUGAUGAAAAAGUGUCUGUCGUGAACAAAGAAAAGAUUGAGCAAUUGGCCGGUGGAGGAGAGAGCGACUCCGCUUUGAUCCUUAUUUACAAAGCUAAGGGGUUGUAG